CUCAUCAGACAGGUCUAGAAGAUUCAGUUUGGACACUUAUUAUCGUACUCUUUUUCCUACUCUGGCUACUCCAUGGAAAGUGGGACAAAUCAGAUGAUUGGGAGGAAACGAUUUAUCCAGUACCUGAUAUGCACUUGAAUAGUUGGGAGAUACUUUUACUGUGACAAAACCAUUAAUUCUUGUGAACACAUUGAAGAUGCACAAUGAGUUACUACUGAUUAAAGCCGCCUAUGCUGCACAAUCUAGACCAACUCAGACAUGUAAAUAAUUAGGUGAUAUACUAGUGACCAUUACCCCACAUAAAACUUUGAAUGAGGUCCAAGGAAUCAUCUUACAUAAAUACAUUACACUCCAGACAGAUGAGGAACUAUGGGCAAAUUUCGAAUGGCAAGGCAUACGUUUCGUCUAGCACAUACGAAAAUGGUCCCAAGGAAAAUCUUACAGAUACACCCAUUGUCAUUUUAAUUUUUGAAGAAAAUCUCCUAAGAAAAGUUAGUCAUAGGGUACAGGUGUGACCCACCAGCCAUGAGGUGCUUCCGAAGCGUACACAUUAGUCAUAUGUCAACCUGCUGCACAGCAGAUCCAAAGUGUGGAAACAGCAGAUGGUCACUCCGAGAAGCUACUCGUGUGGAUAUGAGAAAGCAUUUCAAGAGUAUGCUAAUAUAAUACAGCAGAAGUAUCCCCAUAUUCGUGUUGAGGGAGAAAAUUAUCAGCCUCCCAGAUUAAGUCUGUUUAUAUCUAGGAUACUGUCUGUUUCCAGACUUUCCCUCAUAUUUUUAAUUAUUACUGGUUUCAACAUCUUUGAAAUAUUUCAAAUUGCUCAACCAGUAUGGUGGUCAUGGUGCAUUGACAAUAAGAUUUAUUCUUCCAUGAUGGUGUAUUUUAUGUGCAAUUCAUUUGAAAGCAUGCUGAUGUCCACUGGAGCUUUUGAAAUAACAUUUAAUGAUGUUCCGGUGUGGUCAAAAUUGGAAACAGGAAGAAUACCGCAACCUCCAGAACUCUUCCAGAUAAUUGAUAAUACAUUACAGUUCCAAAAUAAAGCUGACCUAAAACCUAACUUUCCUAAAUAAGUUUCAAAACCUGUUGGAAGAGUGUUGUGCCACAGCCCUGUGAAAUGUAUUUUAUAAUGUUAUUUAACAACUGUGAUACCAUUAUAGAGUGUGAACAUGUUUAUGUUACCUAAGAAGCCUGUGUUAAAUGUGAAAUAUUUAUUAUUUAUUUUGUUGAGAGAUUUAUAUACAAUAGAUAAUACUGUGUGUGUGUGUGUGUGUGUGUGUGUGUGUGUGUGUGUGUGUGUGAGAGAGAGAGAGAGAGAGAGAGAGAGAGAGAGAGAGAAAAGAGGGUAUAUUUAAAUAUGCUGAAACAAAAUACGAUAGCAUUAAAUCAGUCUUGUCUAAUGCAUUAUUUAAAUGGACCACAUAAUAUUCACUUCUGCUAGAAUUAAUUUUUCUUUACAUUUGUGUCGCUAUAUCAAGUAUUGUUUCAAAUACAUUCUGUUUUCAUUACUCAGUACAUUUGCUAGUUAUUUUUAUACUUGUAAAAUAAGCCAUUUCUUCAAAAUUGGGUAUGACCUAUUGUACGUAAUUACGGAAGGAAGAAAAACGGACAGCCAGAUUUUGGAACAUUGACAGUAACUGAGUGAAGUUGUAAUGAAAAGUGCACUUUGAACGGUGUGUGUGUGUGUGUGUGUGUGUGGAGAGUAUCAUCUACAUUUGGGAGGGUGAUGGUUCAGGUCCCUGGCCUGUCAACAAGGUUUAGGUUUUACAUGGUUUUCACCAGGCUGUUGGUUUAAAUGAGUACUUUAUUAAGCACUGCUAGAUGGUUCCAAGUGUGUGCACAUUCCCAACUUAUGUUAGUAGGCGCAGCUGAGAAUGUGCAUACAGCUGAAACCGGGUAGUAGAGCAGCCUGGUCGAAACAAUAUUGUUCUUUAAAUGGAGCCCACUCUUCAAUCAAAUUUCUGAGUAAAUAUCUGAGCGGUGUCUGUUUUGUUAGACAUUACUCAGAUAUAUACAUCUCUAAAACAGAGGGCAACGGCUCCUCAACCUUUGUUUUAGUGCGACUGCACAAUCAUUGUCCAAACUCAUGUGGGGAAAAGGAUUUGUGAGUAGAGGUUAAUGGGCAAGGAAUGCCUGCAGUGCAGCAAGCAACAAGUUGGAAAUUUGGUCAGUUGGCGGCCUUGUCUGAUUGGCCAAAGUGGUUAGAGUAAGGCACUCAUGAGAAAUAGUAAAUCUUGGUUUGAGUCACAGUCUGGCACAAAUUUUCAACUUUUGUCAUUGCGCUGUGCAGCUAGUUGUCAUGAUUUCCUGUUCGUCCUUUCCCUUCCCCCUUACUACAUUUCAUGUUUACAAAUUUCUAAGUGGUUUCUUUGAAAGGUACACAGCCAGUUUCUUUCCCCAAAUUUGAGCUUAUGUUCUGUAUCUAGUGACUUAAUCAUUGACAAGAUGCUGAACUCUCUUCUUCCGUACUUCCAAUGCAUCCCUGUUCAUGGAUAUGCCUUUCCAAACUUACUUGCAUUCUGACUACUUGUAAAGCAGCAACUGUCAUUUGGAAUGAGGGGUACAAACAAGAAAUCACAGUUAAACUCAAUUUUCCCUACAGUAUAUAGACAAAAUAUGUGCAGUAUGGGACAUCUGUGUACUGAAACGUGAUAGUUCUUUCGGUUGGUGUAACUGUAAAAUGAAUAAAAACAUUUUUGGAAAAAAUUUCUGUUAAUGUCAACUUGAUUUGCAUGUCUAUUGUAUUUGCAUAAUAAAUAGAAAAACACUGAUUUGUUAAUGAGUAUACCUUACUUCAUCUUUUGCUAAGGCAUCACCAUCUCUGGGUAGAUGCAGUUCUCUUCAUUGGAAAAAGUAUACACGUAAGUUUUGACUGGAAACUGUUGGAGUUAGCAUUAGUGUACUGUGGGGAAUCCUUGUAGGAGUGCACAUGACUAGUUUUGUUACAAAAUUUACUUGCAGCUGUAAUUCCAGACAGAAAAUGAAACCACAUUAAAUACUCUGUUUAAUGUCUAAAAAUUGA